GCAGGAUGCUGCCCUCGCAGGAAGCCUCCAAGCUCUACCAUGACAACUACGUGCGGAACUCGCGCGCCAUCGGCGUCCUCUGGGCCAUCUUCACCAUCUGCUUCGCCAUCAUCAACGUGGUGGUCUUCAUCCAGCCGUACUGGGUGGGCGACAGCGUCAACACGCCCAAACCCGGUUACUUCGGGCUGUUCCACUACUGCGUGGGCAGCGGGCUGGCGGGCCGCGAGCUGUCGUGCCGCGGCUCCUUCACCGACUUCAGCACCAUCCCCUCGGGCGCCUUCCAGGCGGCGGCCUUCUUCGUGCUGCUGUCCAUGGUGCUGACGCUGGGCUGCAUCACCUGCUUCGCCCUCUUCUUCUUCUGCAACACCGCCACCGUCUACAAGAUCUGCGCCUGGAUGCAGCUGCUGGCAGCGCUCUGCCUGGUGCUGGGCUGCAUGAUCUUUCCUGAUGGCUGGGAUGCAGAAACCAUCCGGGACAUGUGCGGGGAGAAGACGGGGAAGUACUCCCUGGGCGACUGCUCCGUACGCUGGGCUUACAUCCUGGCCAUCAUCGGCAUCCUCAACGCCCUCAUCCUCUCCUUCCUGGCCUUCGUCCUCGGCAACCGGCAGAACGACCUGCUGCACGAGGAGCUCAAGACAGAGAGCAAAGAUUUUGUCGGCACCGCGGAGUCCCGACCCGCCGCGUCCCACCUGAGCGCGCCCAGCGCCGCGCCGGCUGCUCCGCGCCACGGCCCCCUCCCCGCUCCCGUUUUGUACAGCUCCGUGAUCCCGUCUCCACGGCCGGGACCGGGCCCGACCCUUUUACGUGUAAAUGAAUAUUCUCUAAACAGGGUAAAGUGACUCGAGCCCCCUCGCCCCCCACCCAGCCCCGGGAGGGCGGCCGCUGAAUGUGCGCCCCGGUAAGUGGGAGCAGCUCACCACGCAAACCCCCCGGGCCCCUCCCUCAGCCGGCCGGGGCUGCUGCCAAACGCCUGCCCUCCCCAUCCCCAUACGGUGCUUUAUCUCCACUGGUGACGGCAGGGGCGCUCGGCGUCCUGGCGUGUGCCCCGGCUGCGCCGCCGUGACGGCCCAGCGGCCUCCGGGCACGGCCCAGCCUCGGUCACCCACACGCAGGCCCCAGAGGCGGCACCGAAGCUGCGGGCACCCUCCCGGGCACGGGUGGCCCGGCCUGGCUGCGGCUCUGCUGCCCGGCCCCGGGUCUGGGGGCUCCCCCAGGCCCCGGCCGUGGGGGGCUCGGGUCGCUGCAGCCUGUGCAAUGCAAUAAAGUCCUCAGCACUGGCCGCAUCUCAGUGCAAGUAGCCGGGGGCUGUUUGCAGGGCCCCCAGCUCCCCGGAGGGACAGGCCAGAGGCCCGCAGGGGCCAUGGCAGGGCUGAGCCCCGGCCCUGGGCGAGGCCCGGGAGCGGGGCUGAGCCGGGCAUAGGGACCAGAGCGGGACAACGGCCCCGGGCUGCUGCACGCGGAGGCUGCUGGGGGUCGGUGAUGCAGCGCCCCGCAGGAGCCGUGGCCUGUGAGCCGGGGCAGGCAGCAGCAGGUAAGUCACACCCCGAGGCGCUGCGGGGCAGCAGAGGAUGGAGCUGUGCCAAAACACCAUCCGGGAGCCACAGUUCUGCGGGCCCUGUGUGUGCUGGCGCUGCCGCCCACGGCCAUCGCAGCCGUGAGCCCGGCUGUGCCCGCGACCCUCUGGCAGCCACCCCUGUCCCCGGGCCUCUGAGGGCUGCUGCGGCCGAAUUGGGAAAACAAACAAAGAAAAUCAGUGGAGAAAAGAAUACAGUAGCUGUAAUAUAUCUGUAUUUUAGUACAAAGUUUGAUA